CAUCACACAUGCGCCGCGGGGGGCUUCGGGCUGAAUGACUGAGGCGCGUAAGCAGCACCGCUCCUCCUGUCCAUGGCGUGAACCGUCCACAGCGGGAAACUCUGGCGUGAUUCAUAUUCUACUGCGCUGAUAACGUUGUUCACAGAUGGAGGAGGUUGACGUCGAGCCGGCGAUCACCAAUAUUCCCGCAGCCAGUCAUGGGAAGCACUUGGGAUUUGCGUGGGGCCCUGGUGACAUCCUGGUGUAUGAGACCCUUUACAAAGGUAGUGCCGGGUCGGCUGCUUGUCCUUUCAUCCACGAGGUCAGGAAAGACGAGGACAUAUAUUCCCCUAUUCUGCGCAAACUCUUCAACGAGUCACACCACCUCUUUGUUGGCCUGCAGACGAUCAGAGAAGACCUGCCGAGCAAGAACAAAAAACCUCAGUUUGUCAGCAUCAGUAAAAACUACAGAUCUGUGAUCCGAGCAUGUAUGGAAGAACUUCAGCAAGUUGCAGUUUCUACAAAAGAUGCUCAAGUAGCAACACAAUAUGGAAAUCAGGUGUCCAUUCUGUUGGCCAUAGAGCUGAUCUGGAAUCUGUGUGAAGUGCUUUUCAUCGACGCAGCUCCCGCGGGUUCCCUGUUGCUCCACCUCCUGGACUGGGUGAGGUUACACAAGGCUGACGUGGAUGAGAAGGCCAGAGAAGUUCUGCAGAGUGAGAGCCCUGCUGAGCACCACGACUACUGGGAUGUGGUGGUGAGUUAUGUGCUGCAGGGCAGGUUGGACGAAGCCAGACACAUGCUGGUGAAGCAGGCCACCCUACAGCCUGCUGCUAGAAAAAUGUACAAGCUGAUGGACUCGCUGCUCAGCAAGAUGCCCUUCUACAAUCCUGGUGGAACCCAGACGUUGACAGAGUUCGAUGUGAAGUGGAGACACUGGCACGAGGAGGUGGACCGCUGCCUGCAGGACAGCUCUUUCGCCAGCAACAGACACCUGGAGAUCAUCUGUAAGAUCUUAGUUGGGGAUGAAGACACUUUGCUUGAACACAAGGAGUUGCUGAGCACCUGGUACCACUUCCUGGUUACGAGGCUGCUGUUCUGCCAGCCCACAGUCAAGCCCACUGAGUUACAUUACUAUGCACAGUCGUGCAUGACCAUGUUCCUGGACUCGAGGAGCGUCCCAGAGCCCCUGGAUAACAUUUUACUAGCAGCCUUUGAGUUUGACAUCCAUCAGGUCAUCAAGGACUGCAGCAUUGCUCUCAACAACUGGUGGUUUGUGGCCCAUUUGACAGAUCUGCUGGAUCACUGCAAACUCCUGCAGUCUCACAAUCUACACUUUGGCUCCAACUUGAGAGAGUUUCUCCUGUUGGAAUAUGCAUCCGGCCUCUUCACUCAUCACAGUCUUUGGCAGUUGGCGGUGGAUUACUUUGACCACUGUCCAGAGUUUGGUCGCGUGUACCUGGAGCUGCAGAUCGAGCGUGUUCCUGUCGACACGGAGCGCAAAGCCCUUAAGGUGCUCAGGAUCUGUGAGCAAAGGCAAAUGUCCGAGCAAGUGCGGAGUAUCUGUAAGAUCAUGGCUAUGCGGGGUCUGAGGAACAACAGACUGGGCUCGGCUCUCUCCUGGAGCAUCAGGGCCAAGGAUGCUGCCUUUGCCACUCUCAUUUCAGAGCGGUUCCUACAGGAUUACUGCGCCAAGGGGAUGUUCUCUGAUCUUGACCUAAUAGACAACUUGGGUCCAGCAAUGCUGCUCAGCGACAGGCUCACUUUCCUUGGAAAGUACCGCGAGUUCCACAAGCUGUACGGAGAGAAGCGCUUCAGGGAGGCGGCCAAGCUGCUCCUCUCCCUCAUGACGGCAAAGAUCGCCCCCCGCAGCUUCUGGAUGACACUGCUGACUGACGCCCUGCCACUGCUCGAGCAGAAAGAGGUGAUCUUCUCCGCGGACCAGACCUACGAGCUGAUGUUCUGUUUGGAGGAACUUACCUCCUCACUGAACAGCGCCCCUCCCAGCGCCGACAGGCCCAUGCAGGAGGAAGACAUUGAGCUGACCAAGGUGGAGCUCUUGAGACUCGCUCUGGCCAGGAACCUGGCCAUGGCUAUCGUCAAAGAGGGAACUGUGGAAACAUGAGCGGUGACAUUAAAGAGGAAGGCUUUGUGUUUGCAUUUUUUUUGUACUGUAUAUAAACUUCAAGUAAUCCAACCGUGGUCUUUGAUAAUAAAACUUUAACUAUAAACGA